AUGGCAAAGGAAGCCGCUGGCAAAUUGGAAUGGAGGACAAAUGUACCAGAUGAGACAUCGAAGAAACUAGAGCCAGACUCUGGCCUCGUGGGCAAAACAUGGCUAAGAUUAAAAUGUGUUAUGGGAGGACUAGUUAUGAAAGUUUGGGGUUUCUUGGAGAAGGCAUGGAAUUUAGCAGUUGCGGAGCCUAGAAAGGUCAUCCAUUGUGCCAAAGUAGGGCUGGCACUUUCCAUUGUGUCACUUUUCUACUACAUAAGGCCUUUGUAUGAUAAUUUUGGAGGAAAUGCCAUGUGGGCAGUGAUGACCGUUGUGGUUGUUUUCGAAUACACUGUAGGCGCCACAUUGUCUAAAUGCAUUAACAGAGCAGCAGGAACUUUACUUGCGGGAGCACUUGGUGUUGGUAUCUACUGGGUGGCCGAUCAGUCAGGAGAUGAGUUGAAACCCAUUGUCCUUGGGGUCUCAGUUUUUUUCUUUGCUUCAGCUGCAACUUUCUCAAGGUUCAUUCCAUUGGUUAAAGCCCGUUUUGAUUAUGGCGCUAUGAUCUUCAUCCUCACCUUCAGCUUGGUAUCAGUGUCUGGCUACCGCAUGGUAGAGUUGUUAAAGUUGGCUCAAGAUAGGUUAUCCACAAUUGCCAUUGGAGCUUCCUUGUGCAUCCUUGUAACCAUGCUCUUCUGUCCCAUCUGGGCGGGUUGUGAGCUUCACCGCCUGAUUCAUCAAAACAUGGAAAAGCUCGUGGACUCCUUGGAUGGAUGUGUGGCUCAUUACUUCAAGGACAGCGGAAAUUUGACUAUUAGUGAGGAGAAUCUCAACAAGAAGAUACAAGGAUAUAAAUGUGUACUUAAUUCCAAGGCAACGGAGGAAUCUAUGUGCAAUUUUGCGAGAUGGGAACCAACACAUGGCCGGUUCAACUUUGGACACCCAUGGAAACAAUACCUCAAGAUUGGGGCUUCACUGCGCCGGUGCGCUUACUGCAUUGAGACUCUUAAUAGUUGCGUCGGCUCAGAAAUUGAGGCACCUCCAUGCAUAAGGAAGCAUCUUAGUGAUAAGUGCUUGAAAGUCGGCUCCUAUUCUACUAAUGUCUUGAAGGAAUUGGCAAUAACAAUCUUGAAUAUGAAAAAAUCGUCCAAGAUAGAACUCAUAGUUGCAGAGAUGAACUUCGCAGUCCAAGAACUUCGGGAUGCCUUGAAAUCUUUGCCUAGCCACCUUCUUGCACCCCCAUCAUCAACAGGGGAAGAAUCAACCGAAGGCAGAUCAGUGCCCAUCAAAAAAGCCGACGUACUACCUCCGAUCAUGAAGGCUCUUCCACUGAUCACGGUAGUGUCCUUGUUGGAAGAAAUUGCUGCAAGAAUAGGAGGGGUUGCUGAUGCAGUGGAAGAGCUGGCGAGCCUUGCAGAAUUCAAGCCAGCAAAGGAUCGGAAACCCAAGCAAAACCUACCUACUAACAAACCUAUUUCAGAUAACCUUAAUCGUCAAACCAUAUAA